GAGCCCAGCUCGACUCCCAAGAGCUCAAGCAGAGAUCCCCAAAGGUAUUUAGGUGCCUAAUUCCCAUUGAAAUCCAUAGGAGUCAGGCACCUAAAUACCUCUGAGGAUCAGGGCCUUACAAUCCAGCUGGAUAACAGAUAGGAAGAGAAACAGCAGGAGAGGGAUUUACCCGACACCUGCAGGGCUUGUCAUGCCAGUAGCUCGGAGCCCUGUACAAAGGAAGUCAGUAUCGGUUUAUAGGGAGAGAAACUGAGGCACAGAGUGGGGAAGGCACAGUCACCAGCAGGCCAGUGGCAAAGCUAAUGGGUCGUCUCGAUGAUCACGUCAAAAGUUUUUUUUCUCCUGCUGAUGACAGCUCAUGACGGCUCCGCUGAGUGACCAGGACGGCCGUGGCAAGGGAUUCCGCCGCAGAAGCUCCCUGCAGACGCCCAAGCUGCAGCAGGGUGAUGCCAGGCUGAACAGCUGCUUGGAUGCGGACUGCAAAUCUGCCUUGGUGCCCAAGAACCAUCUGCCAAAGCACUGCAGGGCCCAGCAUGGUGCAGAGAAGUCCUUCCAGUGCAGCUACCAAGGCUGUGAAAGCACCUUCAGGAAAAAGAAGGCCCUCCGGGCCCAUUGGACCGAGCACACCACAGUGCUGCCGUUUGUGUGCCAGGAGCCCGGCUGCACCAUGAAGUUUGCCAGCGCUGCCAAGAGGAAAGCUCACCAGAGGAAACAUGCUGGAUACCUGUGCCCCAAGCAGGACUGCGGGACUGUCUCCUCCACCUGGACGGAGCGUCAGAAACACCUGCAGCAGCAUCCUGGUAAGGCAGUGGAGUACAAGUGCCAGCUGUGUCCGAAGAGCUUUAAGAAGCCGGGCGGCCUGCGGCGGCACAAGUCCUUCCACAGCCAGCAGAAGCGGGCACUGACGAAGCCAACGUGGGCGUGCCCCAAAGCUGACUGCCAGGCCUCUUUCACCACCAUCUUCAACCUGGAGAGCCACAUCCGGAAGGUGCAUCUGCAGCUGCUGAAAUAUCGUUGCUACUUCACUGGCUGCGAGAAGGCCUUUGCCAUGCGGGAGAGUCUAAUCCGGCACCUGACAGUCCAUGACCCCACAAAGAAGAAAAUGAAGCCCCAGCGCUGCCGGCCCAGCAGGAAGAACCAGCAGCGGCUGGGCGCCCGGCGGCGGGUGCUAGUGGAGGAGAACCUGAGCCGGCUCUUCAGCCAGAAGCUCUACGUGCGGCUCAAGCGCAGCCGGUCAGGCUUCCCGGCGAGGGAGGACGGCCCCGGGCGCCUGGGCCACAUGCUGCUCCUGCGGGUCAAGGCCAAGCUGGAGAGCGACCUGUCGGGGCUCUUCAACGAGCGCCCCGGCCGCCAUGCUGUGGAGCCCGAGGUGAACCUCAGCGCCCUCUUCCAGCUGCCCCCGGCCACCGGGCCACAGGGGGCGGCUUAGAGCCAACAUCCCACCUGGCCCGGCACUGAGCAGGGGGCCUGGAGCUCACAGGCUGGGCCAUACGCAGCUUUUGGCUGGUAUUUGCUUUAGCUCUUAAUCCCCUCCUGGAAUGGGUGGAGGGGGAAGCUCCCUGGGGCAGGAAGGAACUGGCCCAGCCGGGCAAACAAACCUCCCCUUUAUGUUGAGUUUUUCCCCCUGGUAGAGGGUCUCUUGAGUUUAAGCAGGGGGCAGGGCUGUCCCCAACCCCAGUGAGUGUGUGGGGUUCUUCCUGCGAGGACGGGCUGGGUUUGGGGGGUGCCUGGCCUGUGCCCACCUGCAGGUGUGACGGGUGGGCCAAGCGCUUCCAGCUGGUGCUGCUGUGGGCAAUAAACGCUUGCUGGAAAGCUGAGCCCUUGUCUCCUCUGGUCUUUCCUCCUCUUACCCCCCCAGGGCCUGGUGGGGUGGCACCAGGUGCUAACCACACCCCCAGCUGUGUUCCUAGGGCUGGGGGGUUGCCUUGGGCUCUUCCUGGGCAGUGUUACCAGGAGCUGCUAUGGAUAGAGCCAGCCCCAAACCCUGGGGAGGGGGGUGGUCGUGGAGCAGAGCUAGAACCUGCAGCCAUUUCUGGUCAAUGGUACAGACUGACCUCUCCUGCCACUCCCCUGCACCUCCCCAGCCUCUGGGGGGGGGGGGGGUCUCCAGCUCCACCCUCUGAGGAGGCAGGGGCCAUGCU